GCCAAAUUCUCCCGAGGAAGAAAGGAACCUUGGAAGAAAAAUGAAAAAAGGCAGCACGCUGGAAGACGACGGCAAACCCUAGUGCUCACUCCACCGCGGCGCCCACCACCGCGAUCGGGGCUCGAUUCCGAUGGACUUCGCGGAGCUGGAGGCGGUGGAGGGCCUCCGGUGGCCGUGGCACUCGUGGCCGCCGACUCCCGCCGCGGCCGCGUCGCUCGUCGUCCCCACCGCCGUCCUCUGCUCGCCGCUGCAGCACCCCACGGCGCCCGACCUCCUCCCGCUGCUCCCCUACGCGCCGCUCCGCUGCGCCACCCCCGGAUGCGGCGCCGCGCUCAACCCGUUCUCCCGCGUGCACCACGGCUCCGCGCGCUGGUCCUGCCCCUUCUGCGGCGCCGGCGCCAACCCGUUCCCGCGCCGUCUGGCGCCCGACGCGCUCCCAGCCGAGCUCUUCCCCACCCACUCCAGCGUCGAGUACGCGCUGCCCGUGGACCCCGCAGAGGCAGGCGGGCCGGGGCCGCCCGCGCUCGUGUUCGUGGUGGACGCGGCCACGGAGCCGGCGGAGCUCGCCGUGCUCAAGGGCGAGGUGCGCAGGGUCGUGCAGGGGCUGCCCGAGGGUGUCAGGGUGGCGCUCGUCACUUUCGCUGCGUCGGUGUGGGUCCAUGAUCUCGGAUUUGAGGGGUGCGCUCGGGUGGUUGUGAUCAACGGCGAGCGCGAGCUUGAGUCUGACAAGAUACAAGAACUUUUAGGUGUCCACCGUUCACGAUACAACAAGUUGGCUAUGCCAAGGUCUGCUGAAGCACAGAGAUUUUUGCUGCCUGUUUCUGAAUGCGAAUUUAACAUCACAUCUGCAAUAGAGGAUCUGAGCUCCAUGUCUGUGUGCCCACAUGGGCAUCGCCCUUUAAGAGCAACUGGCACAGCUAUUUCCACUGCUAUUGCUCUUCUGGAAGGUUGCUGCUCACCCAGUACCGGUGGUCGGAUUAUGGUCUUCACAUCCGGUCCUGCAACAGUUGGUCCAGGGCUUGUGGUGGAAACUGAUAUCGGGAAAGCAAUUCGUUCUCAUCGUGACAUAUUCAAUAGCAGUGCACCACUCACUGACAAAGCACGUGACUUUUAUAAGAAAGUUGCAAAGAGGUUAGCUGACCAUGCAUUAGUUCUUGAUCUAUUUGCCUGCUCCCUUGAUCAGGUUGGGGCUGCAGAGCUGAGGAAUCCAAUUGAAGUGUCAGGAGGUUUAAUGGUUCAUACAGAGUCAUUUGAGUCCGAGCAGUUUAAAAGCUGUUUUAGGCAUAUGUUCAAGCGCGAAAGUACUGAUUACCUUAACAUGAACUUCAAUGCUACAAUUGAAAUAGUAACAUCAAAGGAAGUGAAGAUUUGUGGUGCCCUUGGUCCCUGCAUUUCCCUCCGCAGGAAAAACAGCUCAGUUAGUGACAAGGAAAUUGGUGAGGGUGGGACAAACUAUUGGAAAACUAGUUCUCUGAGCAGCAAGACCUGCAUUGCUUUCUUUUUCCGAGUUGAUUGUAGUCAUAAAGCUGAGCCCCCAACUGUCUUCUUUAUUCAGUUCAUGACAAGGUAUCGACAUGGUGAUGGUAGUUAUCGCCUAAGGGUAACAACAGUUGCAAGAAGAUGGGCAGCACCUCGAUCUCCUGAAAUUGCUGCAGGGUUUGAUCAGGAAGCUGCUGCAGCUGUUAUGGCCAGGCUUGCAGUUUACAGGGCAGAGACAUACCACGUUAGAGAUGUUAUACGAUGGCUUGACAAGAUGCUUAUCCGUUUUACUGCUAAAUUUGGAAACUAUGUUCCUGAAGAUCCAUCCACAUUUCGGCUGUCAACAAACUUCUCCCUGUAUCCGCAGUUCAUGUACUACCUGCGAAGGUCACAGUUCAUUGAUGUUUUCAACAGCUCUCCCGAUGAAACUGCUUUCUGCAGGUUGAUGUUGAAUAGGGAGGGAGUUGUGGGGUCUCUAAUCAUGAUCCAGCCGACUCUAUUCCAGUACUCAUUCGAUGGACCACCUAUUCCUGUGCUGCUAGAUGUCAGCUCCAUCUCUCCAGAUGUCAUUUUACUAUUUGAUUCAUACUUCUAUAUCGUGAUUCAUUAUGGCUCAAAGAUUGCUCAGUGGAGGAAGCUUGGUUAUCAUAAGGACCCAAACCACGAAAAUUUGCGGAAGCUACUUGAAGCACCAGAAGUAGAUGCAGAGGCACUUAUGGUAGAUCGUUUCCCUGUGCCAAAACUCAUAAAGUGUGAUCAACAUGGUAGCCAGGCCAGGUUCCUGCUUGCUCGGUUAAAUCCAUCUGUGACACAGAAAACACAGCUUUCAGAGGGAUCUGAAGUCAUUUUCACCGACGAUGUUAGUUUGCAAGUUUUUAUUGAACACUUGCAGGAGUUGGCUGUUCAGGGUUAGAAAGGCAUGGAGCCUAACCAUGUUUGUGCUAUCACAUUUGUGUCCAUAUGUGAUCCUGAAGAUAUGGCUUUCAGCGGGACCAGACUUCAUAUUCACUGAUGGAGUUUACUGGCAAGUAUUUAUUGAACGCUUGCAGUAAUUGGUUGCAUAGUUCUCAAGGCGACGCCUAGGCGUCCAUGCGCCAUCCACCGAUUUGCGCCUUGCUCGCCUAGGCGUCCAGCCGCCCCACCUUGCUAGGCGUCCGCCUUACCGCCUUGAGAACUAUGAUUGGUUGUGCAGAAUUAAAUUGUUAAUGUGGAUUAUUUACAUGCUGUUUUCUGGUCGCCUGCGUAUACUGGGAGAGCUCUACUGCCUGGAGGGGUGAGAUCUCCCUCAGUUGUACAUUGCUCAAGCUCCAGUUUUAUGUAAGCCAUUACAUCUUAGUUUUGUAUAGCAUGUGGUAUUAUCCUCUGAAAAUGCUGGAUUUUCUGUGAAAAUGCGUAGUUCCUAUUUUCUAGACUCGUCUGUUGGUAUGCCCUUUAAGCAGGCAUCAACACCACAAAGAUAUAGCCUGCUUGUAUUUCUCACCACAUAACUUCCACAUAAUUAUUGGGAGGUUUCAAUUAAUUGUUGCGUGAUCCCAAAAGGACACCCAUCAUUUGAUACAGUUUUCAAGAUAUUAUCAUAUGUUCAACACCGGGCAGACCAAACACUAUUGGCAUCUUAUGUAGUAUCUGUUACAUUUUCCCUGAUCAUAAAUGUGUGAUGAAUAAAGUAUGGUUUAAUUUGUUCAUUCAAUGUACUUGGCUUUGUUAUGACCACAUAGAGCAGGAGCCAGGAAGCUUCAUGCUGUGAUCAUGCCAUCAUGCCUCAAGACCCAGCCUUCUCAAUAACUCAAAGAGACAGAUAGACUAGGGUUAUACUAAUGGAUUCCCCAUCACCAGGCACAUGGUCUGUUCCCCCCACUUGAUCACAUACAGAUUGCCAAAUAUUGUAUUGACAUUAACAAACAGGUUAACUUACAAGAUACCAUAAUAAUAAUAAUAGUCUCAUUGAUGCCCUUAACAAUCACACAAGCUUGAUUAACAACACUGGAAUAAAAUCACCAAGUAGAUUCUGGGACUCACGGUAGGGGACAUCACAUAACACCAUUCCAGCUACACACAGAUAGAUUAUUGCUUCUGGUCCAUGAACAAAUUGAACAAGACAGCUCUCCCUCCACUAGUAAUUAAAACACAUUAUAUUUCUAGGAAAACCGCAGCACACUGCAAGGGCACCAUUCUUAUGACAUAAUGCGCAGCAUCUUGACGCUGCAUCUUGUUCAGCUCUUGUUCUUGCACUUGUCCUUGGUUCUUGGUGCUGCAUUUUUUUAUGUAGAAAACAUAGAGGGUCAGGAUUAACGUGUAAAUUUUGAAAUGGAAGAGAACUUUAGCUGAUGACACUGACCAAGACCGAUGGCUUCAGAACUCUUCAUGAUCCUCAGGCGCUUGCAUGACUCGACAAACAUCCUGCAGGGAUUAUAAUUGACAAGCCAACAUAAGAAACUGAAGUCUGAACAUCUUGAUAUCAUCCUGAUCAUGGGUCAGUAAAUAUGAAAGCAUGGAUUAUAAUUGACAAGGCAUGCGAGGAUGAAGAACAUACUCCCACGGGACGUCGCCAACAAGCAUCCAGUCACCAUCCUUGUCUUCGUAAGUAGUGACAACAUCUGCACCAGUCACCGGAUCAACCAAUUUCCCCUCGUUCAUGUUGUUCCCUGUGAUGAUUUACCAGUUGUGAAGGUGCUGAACAUCUUCUUCAGAGCAAUCGAGAGGUCCUUGUAGCUAUUGUACAUCUUCAGGUCCACCUUACGUAGGUAGGGUGCGCCAUCCAUGCUGACCUUCACGAAGGCAGAGCUGUUACUGCCGGCGUUGGCAGCGGGCUGCUGCUUCUCGGGUUCCUCUUCCUUCUUGCUCUUCACUGACUGGACGGUCAUGACGUUCCUUCGGUAUGAUCGCACUGGUGGCCAACCCACAGCUUGUGCCCUGUUAUACACAGAAAUUUAGUUGUAGUUCCUUGAAUUUCACAUAUCAGUUCUGGUCUAGAGCUUGAAGAAAUUGGGAUUCUUUUGCAAUCUUCUUUGCGACCAGCUCUGCUCUCUGCUAGUAUUGUGUAUGAUUAAAAUGUUGGUUAAGGCCACAUGAUUCAUGACCAUCAUGA